AUGAAGUUUCAGAAACUUCCAGAUGAAGAACCUAGACCACAAAGUCAAGUCUCCUGUGGAGGUGCCCCGGGGAGAGCCCGUGGACAUGGGGCCCUUGUGGUGUUGAAUGCAGGCGUUAGAGAAGGUGGUCCACGUCCCACCGAGCGCUCCGCGGGUAGUGGAGACAUCCUGGCACAGCCGCGUCACCCCAGCAGCAUCUCUGCCUGGCUGCACAGCCCCGUCGGGGGAUUACUUACUCCCUUUUUGUUUGAGUUCAUGAACUUCCUGGCUGAGAACGUCAUCUUCUGCUACAUGGGCCUGGCGCUGUUCACCUUCCAGAACCACACCUUCAACGCUCUGUUUAUCCUCGGAGCCUUUCUCGCUAUCUUCGUGGCCCGGGCCUGCAACAUCUACCCGCUGUCCUUCCUCCUGAACCUGGGCCGGAAGGACAAGAUCCCCUGGAACUUCCAGCACAUGAUGAUGUUCUCAGGCCUGCGUGGAGCCAUCGCGUUUGCUCUGGCUAUCCGGAACACGGAGUCGCAGCCCAAGCAGAUGAUGUUCACCACGGCCCUGCUGCUCGUGUUCUUCACCGUGUGGGUGUUCGGGGGAGGGACGACCCCCAUGCUGACCUGGCUUCGGAUCAGAGUCGGCGUGGACCUGGAAGAAGACCAGAAGCCGGAGCCCUCUGCACACCAGGAAGCAAACAGCGCGGAUAAAAACGCCACAAGAACCGAGAGCGCGCUGCUGUUCAGAGUGUGUACGGCUUCGACCACAAGUAUCCUUUGGCAAAUGCUGCUGUGUGGCGGGGAACCUGCCCUGGAUCGUGAAGCUGCGUGCUCCGCGCUCCUGAGAAACCAGGAAG